AUGUCAGUUGAGUUACUCGCUCUUUACACCAGAAAGAAUUCAUCAGGGCUCUUCCUGCUCCGGCCAACCUCAAUCAAGGCGUUAAAGAAGAGUGUUUGGGGUGCAUUUAAAAAAAAAAAAACAGAAUUUGAUCUCUUCUUCGCUAAAGUUUCCAGCCUUGUUCUUCUGAUUUUUAAAGCUUCUGAUGAUGUCUGCAAUGUCAGUGAUGAUUUUGAUUGGAUUGGCAGUGGACUUAGCGCCCCUAAGGAUCCCAUAGAGUGCGUUACUGAUUUCCUCGAUGGGUUUAAAUCAACCAAUGAGUUAAGCUUCUUGGAAGAUUUUGGAGAUUUUUUGGGAAAAUCCGAAGAGGAGAUAGAAACUACUCCAUCGAGAGAUUUUAAAUUCGGUAUAACUAAAAAGAAACCAAGGAGUAAACGGAGAUUAAAGCAGCGUGCGUGGCCGACGAAAGAUUGUGUGUUUUCUGCACUAGAAAAUCAUGAAUUCCUAAAGAGAGUUUGCACCCACUGUCAAAUUGACAAAACGCCGCAAUGGAGGAUCGGUCCACUGGGUCCGAAAACACUGUGUAACGCUUGUGGUGUGAGGUACAAUACAGGGAGGUUAUUCCCGGAGUAUCGGCCGGCUGCAAGCCCCUCUUUUGACCAGAAGAAGCAUUCAAAUCUUCAUAAGCUGAUACUGAGAAGGAGGGCCAAUUUAAUUUAAUUUAAUUUAAUUUAAUUUAAUGAUGUGUUAUUUUAGACAUUUUUAGGUCGUAGUAAUUUUCUUAGGAUUCAUCAUGCACAGCUUUUUGUUUCUCCUUUGUUUUCUUAUGAUUAAUAUUUUAGAUAUUAGGGUUGCUUUUUCUCCACAUGUCCAUAAAUUGAGAAUCUUACCCUUGAGUUUUACGAGGGCUUACACUCACUGUGCAAAACGAGUUGGAAAAUGAAAAUAACUCUGCAUUUUCA